AUGUUUCGUAACGUAGGUCAAGGACAAGGACAACAGUCCUAUCCACCUCAGCAGCAGCAGCAGCAGCAGCAACAACAACAACAACAUGUCCAACAACAAAACCAAGCGUCAUCUCAAUUCACUCCGAGAGAUCUCCAACAACAACAUCAGCCAAAUCUUCAUCAACAAUCAGGUAGUCAACAGCAGCAGCAACAUCAGCAACAGCAGCAGCAGCAGCAAGGGGCUGGAAGUACGGUUGAUGGAGGAUCAGGGUCUGUCAAUGGACAAGGCGGGCCUGAAAUGAAUUUAGCUAGUGUACUGCAUUACCUUCAAAGUGAAUGGAGAAGAUGGGAAAGAGAUAGGAAUGAAUGGGAGAUUGAAAGAGCUGAAAUGAGGGCAAGGAUAGCUUUACUCGAAGGACAAAGAAGAUCUGCAGAAAACUUGAAAGUGGAUUUGCUGAGAAGGGUUAAAAUGUUGGAAUUUGCUCUUCGACAAGAAAGAACGAAAACAGUCAGCUCGGCUUCAAAACCAUCCAGUAUUCAUCCAUCGAAAUUAGCAGCUUUACAAGAUGAAGAUAAACUUUCUACGGGAAGUAAAGAUGAUAAAGAAGGAAGCGGAAGUGAAGGAAGUCAAGAAGAUUUCUCUGAGCGAGAACGAUCAUCGGCCGCGCCUCCAAAGAUGAAUGGUGUACAUCCUGCAGCAAUAAGUAAAUCAACUACUGCAUUAGCUUUGAGACAAUCCUCUAUCGAUUCAACUUCUUCCACCGCUUGGAAAAAUAUAGGUUCAGCACCUAGAGAUCCUAAAUCCAGAGCAAGAAGUAGAGAAUACCUAAAACAAUGCCUUCAAGAAAUCAGUUAUUUAACUUCACCGGGAGCGUUGAACCCAUUACCACCCAAACCACCCAUAGAACCAAACUAUAUACUACAAGAGUCUAAUGAACAACCUAUACCUGAACCAGCAGAUAGACCAAGAAAGGCUUUACCGGAACAAAAUAUACCUUCAUCUUACCCCAAUCCGAACCAACAAGAGACUCAGCAACAGCAACCAAACCAAAAUCUCCCGAAUGGAACACCUUCCUCUUCAACCCAUAAUCAAGAUUCCACAAGCUCUUCGCAUCAAUCGCAAGCAAAACUUGAAACAGCACCAGUACCCCAAUCGAGUGAUAUGUCAUUAGAUCCAACUGCUAGACCUCCAUCUUCACCUUCACCCAGAACGGUUAAUCUUCCCGAACAAGGCGAACCCCCAAAACCAUCCCUCAACACUGAAGGUUUGGAAGGUGAUACUCAGGGUAAACAGAUAUUGACAGCAAUUUAUAGACCUGAUAGUAAAGCUGCAUGGAGAGAAGAACUGAGAAACGCUAAUGAGAUGGCCGAGAAGGCACGGGAUGACAGGAAACCACCUUCCACUUCAACGGAUGAAGAUCAACUGUCUUCUAUAUCCCUGGAUGAAGAGGAGACUAAAGCCGAUGAUUCGAACAGCAGUCAAGAAGAAAAGGUAUGGACAUCAAGAAGAACUUUAAAAUCGCAUUUAGAUAUUGUCAGAGCGAUCGAUUUCGCGCAUGGUCCUGCGAUGAUACUUGCGACAGGAGGUGAUGAUUGUACGGUGAAAGUUUGGGGAGUUGAUGUUGGUUCAGUCAUGUCUCAAAGACCAAGCGCACAGGAGAUCGAACCUCUAAUCACUUAUCGAGGCCAUGAAUCACCUAUAACGUCUAUCGUAAUCUCAUCAUCAUUAUCCUUGAUAUGCUCUGCGUCAUUAGAUUCAACGAUCAGAUUAUGGAAAUUACCUAAUCCACAUCACGAUCCAUAUUCGACAUAUGAUCCUUCAUAUGUCAUACAAACGUUAGAAGGUCAUACGGAUUCAAUAUGGGAUUUGGUAUUACUUCCAGCUCGCGAAUUGGGUCCAAAUAAGAAGAUUGAUGGAAAAUUGAUCAGUGCCAGUUCAGAUGGAACUAUCAAGAUUUGGUCAAAAUCAGGUUCCAGUAAUUCAAAGGAUGAAUGGUCGUUAGAAGCUAGUUAUAACGAUUUCUUCUCAUCGGAAGAGAUCCCAAUCUGUUUAGAAGGAUGUAAUGAUGAUUAUGGAAAAGUGUUAAUUGGAACCAAUAAAGGAAUGAUAUAUACCUUUGAUACGGAUCAAGGGAAAGUCGUUCAAACUUUUGGUGAUGAUUCAGAUGAAGGUAAUGCGCAGAUCAACGCCAUUUUGAGUCAUCCAACUUUACCUGCUAUCAUAACGGCAGGUGAAGAUGGUUAUAUCAGAUUUUACGAUCUAAAAUCUAACACCACAACGCCCACACAUUCAAUCCUAGCACAUCCCUCACCGGUGACAUCACUUUCUAUAUCACCACUGUCGCCAACAUGUAUAUUAACGGCUUCUGUUGAUUGCUCAGUUAGAUUAUGGGAUCUAAGUAAGAAAACUUCAAUACAAGAUUUAUCGGGACAUCGACAAAAAUCAGGUGAAGGUGUGAACCAAGUUGCAUCACAUCCUGAAUUACCUAUUAUAGGUACAGUCGGUGCGGAUGGUGUAGUCAGAUUAUGGGGUACUGGUUAA